GGAGUGCGGUAUUCGAGGAGGAUGAGGAGGGUCGCUGGUGGUGGGGGAAUUAUCUUUUUUUGCGACACCUGCAGGGUUGGUGAUAGUGUGCACGGACCAACUCCUAUGCCCCGCCAUUUAGUUCUGCUAUGUGAGUAAGUAACAUACAAGCUUCACGCCAACAUCGCACAUCGCACUUCACCACCACCCACCUUCCCCACUACCGCUCACCAAUAUAUACGUGCAACCAUGGCGUCCGAAGAACAACUCGAAGAGAUCGAAGUCCUGCAGUCGAUCUACCCGGACGAGCUCCAACUUCUAACCCCGACCUCGUUCCGGAUAAAGCUCCUUCUCGACCCACCUCCUCUGCCAGGCGCAUCCGCGGACUCUAUCGAGACCGAGCCGAUAAUCCUUCUACACGUGUCAUACCCGCCCACGUACCCCUCGGUAGCGCCCGAUCUCGACGUGACGCUCGACGAGGGGUCACCGUCGUCAUGGCUGGAGUUUCCUGAGGACAAGGGGGUGCUGCUGGACGCGGUCCGGGAGACGAUCGAGGAGAAUCUAGGCAUGGCGAUGGUUUUUACGUUGACUAGCACGCUGAAGGAGGCGGCCGAGAACUUGAUCCUGGAGCGCGCGACAAAGCAGGAUAAGGCCCGUGAGGAUCAGUUGCGGCUCGAGGAGGAGAAGGAGAUGGAAAAGUUCCGUGGAGAGUUGGUGACUAGUGAGAGGUUUAUCGAGUGGAGGGACAGGUUCAAGCGCGAGGCCGAAGAGGCGAAGAGGAAGAUUGUCGAGGAUGAGGAGGCGGAGGGGAAGAGAGGUCAGAAAGCCAAUAUCAAGGUUGAGGAGAAGAAGUUGACCGGGAAGGAGCUCUGGGAGAGGGGUCUGGCUGGUAAUGCGGAUGAGGAGGAGGAGGAGGGCGAGGAGACGGUGGAUAUUGCAAAGUUGAAGCUGUCAAACUAGAUGAGGAUGUGCGAUUGCACAUGCCGUGCAUGCAGAGGGAGAU